CUCAGUUUCAGGAGGCUGUGUCACCAGGGGCCAUGGGGACCUUGCCAGGCUCGCAUCCACGAGGAGAGUCCAGGCCUUGGUUUGGCUCCAGCUGGGCUGCCUGGUGGCUGCCACUUAUUGACAAGUCCAGUGAUUCAGAUCCUCUGGGAACACCUGUGUCUCCUGACGCCGCUGGUGGGAGGAGGGUGGCCUCCGCAGGUGGAGCGUCCUCUGGGUGAAGCCCCUUGUUCCUGAUGUGACUCCCCACCCCCCCGCUGGGUGCCCUGAGCAUGGCUGACACCAUCUUCAGCAGUGGGAAUGACCAAUGGGUCUGCCCCAACGAUCGGCAGCUGGCCCUGCGUGCCAAGCUGCACACGGGCUGGUCUGUGCACACCUACCAGACGGAGAAGCAGAGGAGGGACCAGCACCUCAGCCCCGCAGAGGUGGAGGCCAUCCUGCAGGUCAUCCAGAGGGCCGAGCGGCUGGACGUCCUGGAGCAACAGAGAAUCGGGCGACUGGUGGAGCGGCUGGAGACCCUGCGGGGGAACGUGAUGGGGAACGGCCUGUCCCAGUGUCUGCUCUGCGGGGAGGUGCUGGGCUUCCUGGGCAGCUCCUCGGUGUUCUGCAAAGACUGCAGGAAGAAAGUCUGCACCAAGUGUGGGAUCGAGGCCUCCCCUGGCCAGAAGCGGCCACUGUGGCUGUGUAAGAUCUGCAGUGAGCAAAGAGAGGUCUGGAAGAGGUCAGGGGCCUGGUUCUACAAAGGGCUCCCCAAGUAUAUCUUGCCCUUGAAGACCCCUGGCCGAGCUGAUGAUCCCCACCUCCGGCAUUUGCCUGUGGAGCCGGCCGAGCGAGAGACCGGAAGCUCCGAGAGCAGCCGCAUCUACCCCUGGGCCCGAGGAAAAGGGGUUUCCAGUGACAGUGACAGUGACUCGGAUCUCAGUUCCUCCAGCCUAGAGGACAGACUCCCACCCACUGGGGUCAGGGACCCAAAAAGUGACAAACCCUGGAGGGAGUCAGGUGGCAGCGAGGAUGCCCCCAGGAUGGGGCUCAUCCGCCCGCCCAGCCACCUCUCCGUGAGCCAGAGCAGCCUGGCCAGUGAGACCGGGACAGGCUCUGCUGACCCACAGGGCACCCCGCCCCGGGCUGACCUGAAGGGCCCUGAGUGGCUGGGAGGCUUAUCGUCCCCAUCUGAUGGGCGGAGAAACCAAGGCAUGGAGAGAGUGAGGGGAGAAUCCUGGGAUCCCACUCUGCCCUGUACCUGCUGGCCCCAGCCCUGGCCGGCCCAGGACCAUCCUGUGACAGGGAAGGGGGUCCUCCUUACACUGAGGCCAGAGAAAGCUGUGCAGGUGCAGGAUCGGCCUUGUCUCCUUCAAGAAAGAAGCCCCAGGUAAAAGACACACCUGGGCCAGCCCCCGCUACUGAUGUGGCUCCAGUAGGCCCCUCCAGCUGCCUGGGCUGAGGCAUUGGGUGCCUGGAACAGACUUCCGCGUGGAAGAUUCUGGACUAAGCUGGAACCAGACCCUGCGAGGCUGCUGCCGGACAGGUCCCUAUGCCCUCGCCAGCCACCCUGUUGCCCAUGACGCAACAAACCAGUGUUGGGAGCUGUCUACAUCCCCACCCAGUGCCUUUCUGUACCCCUUCUUUCCUGGGGGGCCUUCUGCAUCCACCACCCCUCCCACCGCUGCCCUCAACCCCAACCUUAUUUAUUGGCCCCCCCCACAACCCCAACCUACCUUGUGAUUAUUGUAAGUUUGCUUGGGUCUUGGGUUGGGCUGGGGCGGGGGGUACUUCCCACAUGCAAGUCAGAGGGGCAGCCAGGUGGAGCUUUCUCCAUUGCUAUAUUAAUGGCAAGAUGAAAUGAAACCUAGGGCAUGGCCUCUGAAGCUGCGUGUGGCCCUUAGAGGUGAGCACUGGAGCCAGAGCAGCGCCCACCUCCCCUCCCUUCAGUGGGGUGUGAGAUUCACCCACCUCCCCCUCUCUUCAGCUCUGGCAGGCAGGAGCAGGACCCCCCCUCCCUUGGGCUGGCCCAGGACUGCAGGUGAAACCUGGAAUUUUUAGGGUUCUUUGGUUUUUGUGUGUUUGUUUCUGAGAUGGAGUCUUGCGUGUCAUCCAGUCUGGAGUGCAGUGGCAUGAUCUCAGCUCACUUCAGCCUCUGCCUCCCAGGCUCAAGCGGUUCUCCCACCUUAGCCUCCUGAGUAGGUGAGAUUACAGGUGCCCACCACCAUGCCCAGCUAAUUUUUGUAUUUUUAGAAGAGAUAAGGUUUUGCCAUGUUGGGCAGGCUGGUCUCAAACUCCUGGUUUCAAGUGAUCUGCCUGCCUUGGCCUCCCAAAGUGUUGGGAUAACAGGCGUGAGCCCCUGCGCCCGGCCCUAUUAGGUUUAUUUGAAUCCCUUCACGGCCCACCUGGUUUUUGCUCAGCCUGUCUUCAGCUUGAGGAGCUGUGAAUGGUUCUGGUGGAUGCUGUUAACUCACUGCAGAGCAGCCUUCAGGCAACUCCCCGGCCAGGGCAUGUGGCUCCCCUCAGCCAUUAGUUCACUUCUCUUCAGUAGGUUUGGCUUGGCAUGCAGAUACUUCAGAGUACAGGCAAAUGCUUCUGGAAAACCCUUCCCUGAAGAGAGAACAUGUGGGGGACGUGUGCAUGACAGUGUCCACACCCGCCCUCCUGCCUCCCCCACCCCACCCCCAGGUCCCUGGGUCCGGAAGGGCCUCAUUCUCUCCAAGCUGGGAGCUCCUGGGCCCCCACCAUUCACUUUUUGUCCUUGCUGCUGGCAAAUGAUAAAGAAACUCACUUUCCCUGUGACACAUUAUGCUUCAGAAUUAAAACAAUGAAGGUUAAAAUUU